GGCGACGGGGCUGGCUGGAGAUUUAUAGCAACAUCAGCAGCUACUCAGCUGUCACCGACUAAACUGACAGAAAUGCGGAAUGAUCUCUUUAAUAAAGAGAAAAGCAGACAGUUAUCAUUAACUCCACGAACUGAGAAGAUUGAAGUUAAACAUGUUGGAAAAACUGACCCUGGAACUGUCUUUGUGAUGAAUAAAAACAUUUCAACUCCUUAUAGUUGUGCCAUGCAUUUGAAUGAGUGGUACUGCAGGAAGUCCAUCCUGGCUCUUGUAGAUGGACAGCCUUGGGACAUGUAUAAGCCGUUGACCAAGUCCUGUGAAAUUAAAUUUCUUACUUUUAAAGAUCCUGAUCCAGGAGAAGUAAAUAAGGCUUACUGGCGGUCCUGUGCCAUGAUGAUGGGCUGUGUAAUAGAAAGGGCCUUCAAAGACCAGUACAUGCUUAGUUUGGUCAGAGCUCCGGGAGUUCCUGUAAUAGCUGGAGCCUUUUGCUACGACGUAGUUUUGGAUAAGAGACUUGAUGAAUGGAUGCCAACAAAAGAGAACCUUCGUUCCUUCACAAGAGAUGCUCAUGCUUUAAUUUAAAAAAAUCUUCCCUUUGAAACUUUAGAAGUUGAAGCACAAGUGGCAUUAGAAAUAUUUCAACACAACAAGUACAAAAUAGAUUUCAUAGAACAGAAGGCAUCUCAGAACCCUGAGAGAAUUGUUAAGCUACACAGAAUUGGUGACUUCAUUGAUGUGAGUGAGGGCCCUCUUAUUCCAAGAACAAGUAUUUGUUUCCAAUAUGAAGUGUCUGCAGUUCAUAAUCUUCAACCUACCCAGUCAACUCUUGUGCGAAGAUUCCAGGGUCUCUCUUUACCCAUGCACUUACGAGCACAUUUUACAAUAUGGAAUAAGUUGUUGGAAAGAUCUCAGAAAAUGGUAACUGAAGACCGAGCUAAACUGACAGAAGGAAGUGCAUCUACCUAAUUCCCCAAUUUAAAUAUGUACAGUAAAUUAAAUAAAACAUUUUAAUACAA